AUGGCUGGUCGCGCUGUGCUGUUGGCUGGUCCCCCAGGCACGGGCAAAACAGCUAUCGCCCUCGCCGUAUCCCAAGAGUUGGGCGUCAAAGUACCCUUCUGUCCCAUGGUUGGCUCAGAGGUGUACUCAUCGGAAGUAAAGAAGACGUCUGUCUUGAUGGAGAACUUCCGUAGAGCCAUCGGUUUGAAGAUCAAGGAGGUUAAGGAAGUGUACGAGGGUGUGUGUACCGAACUGACGCCGGAGGAGACAGAGAACGCAUUCGGAGGCUACCAGAAAACUAUCAGCCAUGUAGUCAUCGGAUUAAAGACGUCAAAGGGUUCUAAGCAGUUAAAACUGGACCCCACCAUCUACGACGCCAUAAUGAAGGAGAAGAUCUCGGUGGGUGAUGUCAUCUACAUCGAAUCCAGCUCAGGCGCCGUGAAGAGGGUGGGACGUCAUGACGCGUAUGCGCACGAGUUUGAUCUCGAAGCGGAGGAGUAUGUGCCUAUGCCCAAGGGAGAUGUACACAAGAAGAGGGAGAUAGUCCAAGACGUUACGCUACAUGACUUAGAUAUGGCCAAUGCGAAACCGGUGGGAGGUCAGGAUGUUCUGUCAAUGAUGGAUCAGCUUAUGAAGCCAAAGAAGACUGAAAUUACAGACAAAUUGCGAAAGGAGAUCAACAAAGUAGUCGACAAAUACAUCGACCAGGGAGUGGCGGAACUUGUGCCUGGGGUGCUAUUUAUAGAUGAGGUACACAUGCUGGACAUAGAAACCUUCACAUACUUACACAGAGCGCUCGAGUCUUCAUUCGCUCCAAUUGUCAUCUUCGCCACUAACCGAGGGAUCUGCACUAUCAG